AUGGCUGAUAAUCAGACUACAUCCUUCAGAAGUAACACGCAACGAAAGCGCUACGAAUCUCUUUUCCAGAAAGAAAUGUCCCCCCAUGUUUGCCCUGAUGGAAACACUAUGAUAGCCCUGGGAAUAUCUGAGAGUGUGAGGUAUCUUGUCCACCAGCUGGGGUGGGAUAACUUUAUUUUCUCCGACCUAUCCACUUUUCGCAACUUGACCUUGGAAUUCUUGAGUUCGUUCAAAUAUGAACCCAACCGAGGGACUUAUCUUCAUGGAGGACUAGUAACCUUUAGGAUGCUUGGACAUACUUAUCACCUGACAACCCAUGAGAUAGCUGAAAUCCUAGGAGUCCCUAGUGGCCUCAAUGCCUUUACGAAAGUCCAGGAUGAUUCCUUUAUGGAUAGCGAACUCGAUUAUUAUUGGGGAAGCAUAUCCGGAAACCCUAACACCGCUCUUUCUGCUAGCUAUGGUAUUGAUAACCUCUACUUCUUGAAACUUGCUAAAACAAGUAUGGAAAAGGGUGCAUACAACUUGUAUCUGCUGAAUCCAUACAUGACGGAACUGAAUGGCACUCCCCCGCUCCCUCAGAUUUGUUUGUUCACCCACACCAACAUCGCAAGAAUAAACUUGAGUGUGGCAGAUGAUAAUGAUGAUAUGUCUGAUGAUGAUGAUCAAGCGUCGCAACCAGCGACACAAUUUCAGUCUCUAAAAUUGGUCACUUUUUCGGUCUCUAAAAUCGGUCACUACUUCGGUCGCUACCAAAUCGGUCGCUGGGUUGGUCACAACGGAGUAGCGACCAGGGUCGUUGAUACUGAUUUUUUAUGGUCGCAAAAUCGGUCACUAACGGAUUUAGAGACCGAUUUUGAUGAAAAUCGGUCUCUAAAUCGGUCGCUAAAGCCAAGUUUUCUAGUAGUGCACUCCGUCAUAGCUUCUCGAGUCGCCAAUGCCGGUAUCAACACUUUACACCUUGACAUUGCAUAUGCUAAACUUGAUAAUGCUAAAUCUCUUAUCAUUCCCAAUCUCAUCAUUUGGCUUAAUUUCAUCGUUCAACGCCAACUGAACUAUCUCGAUCUUCAUUUCAAUUUGCUCAAUGCAGCUAACUGUUUUUAUGAACGGCCCAGAUUUCCCAAUAUUGUCUUUAGUUGCAACACUUUAGUUGUUCUAAACCUUAGUUGGUUUAGUGUAGAUGGCUUUGCCGUGUCUUGCAGUGGAUUUGGAUUUCUCUCACUCAAAACCCUUAAUUUGAAAAAUAUUAAUUUCUAUGAUCAUCAAGUUUUCAUGUUGCUUCUUGCUGGAUGUCCAGUUCUUGAGGAUAUAAAGUUAUGCAAUAUAGUUUUCUUGUCGUGGAAGGUGGACCAUCCAGCUGCUGAAAGGUUGUACUUAAGCAAGUUGAUUAGAGCAGAUAUCACCGACUGUCCGUGUUUCCCGAUUAAAGCAGUCUCUAAUUCGGAGUUUCUGCGAUUUCAAAUGAGGAUGGAGUUUGAUGAACUUCCUAUCUUUCAUAAUUUGACCCACUUGGUGAUCAACAAUAUUUCGGAUUUGGUACUAAAGUUGCUCCACUACUGCCCUAAACUUCAAAAUCUUGUCAUUUACCAGAAGACACAAACUGAGUGGGAUACGAACUUUGAAGACGAACAAGGAAGUUGGUUGCCCCAAAACUCUGUUCCACAAUGCUUUUCAUCAAAUCUUCGAACUUGCACUAUUCGGGACUUUGCAUUUCUUGACCUAGAACAUGACAUGAUGUUAGCAAGACAUAUUCUAAAUAAUGCGGGAGUUUUAGAAACCAUGACAAUAUCAAUAUGGGGUGAUAGGGAGCAACAUGAAAUAGAGAUGUAAUUAUCCUCAUAUCCAAGGGCCUCCGCAAAAUGUCAACUUCAGUUUAUUGAUAACAAAUAUGAUAUGUAAUGUAAGCAGUAGUGUCUCUAUCGUGUCUGUUGUUUCGUUAGCUUCUACUAUGCAAUUGUUGAUUUAGUGGUUUAAACUAUGAAUUCUGAACUAUAUGCCUGCUGUACA